AAAAGUAUUCUAAGCGGUGGUGACGCCACACCUUCUGCCACAACUGAGUGAAUGACAUCCAUGUGGUUAGCACGGAAAAUCCAAAAUGAAUCAAUAAUAGAAAUACUGCUUUGGUUAAUUCCUCCUUUCAGUUCAUGUUAGGUUACAGUGAGGUGAGAUGAUGAAGUUCUUGUCAUGUUCUUGUUCAUUCUGAGAUGUUGGUGAUUAAUGCAUGCAAGGACAAGCCCUGAUGGGAAAAAAAGGCAGGAAGUAUAACCGUUUAUAGUCAGAUGAGGUAACAUGCCAGAAAAAAGUAUUUAAGAGGUCAUGGUCACUUACUCACUAACAGCAAAUUCUGACAUUAUAGCACCUCAGAGGAGGGAAAGAAGGCAGUCUUAUAACUGAGAUGGAUCUGCAUGAGGGAAAAUGGAAAUUAUUUGCUGUCAGUGUGCUGCUGCUCACACUGUACCCAAGCCAUUCUGCUGCAGUCAGCAUGAAGGAGCAUCUGGCUGAUUGUCUGGAGGACAAAGACUACAAUGUGCUGCUGCAGACUGUGCAGACCGGCCUCCCACACAUAAAUACAUCUCACCAUGUUGUUAUUGUUGGAGCUGGUGUGGCUGGACUGACGGCUGCCAAGUUACUGCAAGAUGCAGGUCACAAGGUAACCAUAUUAGAGGCUAGUGGCCGUGUUGGAGGACGGGUGGAGACCUACAGGAAUGAAAAAGAAGGCUGGUAUGCUGAACUGGGAGCCAUGAGGAUCCCAAGUUAUCACCGCAUUGUCCGCUGGUUUGCUGAUGAACUGGGAGUCAAGCUGAAUGAAUUCAUCAUGGAUGACCCCAACACCUUUUAUCUGGUUAAUGGUUUGCGGAAGAGGACGUACACAGUGAAAACAAACCCUGACGUCCUGAAAUACAAGGUGCGGAGAAAUGAGAAAGGGAAGUCAGCUGACGAGCUGCUACAGCAAGCUUUACAGAAGGUGAAAGAUGAAGUGGAGGCUCAUGGCUGCUGGGCUGCGCUGCGAAAAUAUGACCGUUAUUCUGUGAAGGAGUAUCUGAAAGAAGAAGGAGGUCUGAGUUCAGAGGCAGUGAGGAUGAUUGGAGACCUGCUGAACGAACAGAGCCUAAUGUACACAGCGCUGAGUGAGAUGAUCUAUGACCAGACUGACAUCAGUGACAGCGUGAUGUACUAUGAAGUGACCGGUGGGUCAGACCUCCUAACCAAAGCUUUUCUCACUGUCCUUGAUGUCCCCAUCCUUCUCAACUCAAAGGUCAAACGCAUCAGCCAGUCAGAUACGGGUGUAAUUGUAUCGUACCAGAAAGGUCACCAGUCCUCUUUGAAGGACCUUUCUGCUGAUGUCGUUCUUGUUACAACCACGGCCAAAGCAGCCCUUUUCAUGGACUUUGAUCCACCUCUAUCCAUCAGAAAGAUGGAAGCCCUGAGGGCGGUCCACUACGACAGCUCUACUAAAAUCAUCCUCACCUUCACCGAGAAGUUCUGGGAGAGAGACUGCAUCCAAGGAGGAAAGAGCAUUACAGACGGUCCCUCUCGUUACAUCUAUUACCCCAGCCACAGUUUCCCAACAAAUGACACCAUCGGGGUCCUCCUGGCCUCCUACACCUGGUCGGAUGACUCCCUCCUCUUCCAAGGAGCGAGCGACGAAGACCUGAAAGAGCUGGCUCUGAGAGAUUUGACAAAGAUCCACGGCGAGGAUAUCAGGUCUCUCUGCACAGGGGUGGUGGUAAAGAGGUGGAGUGUGGAUCCUUACAGCUUGGGUGCCUUUGCUCUCUUCACACCCUACCAACAUUUAGAGUACGCUAAGGAGCUCUUCAGAAGUGAAGGCAGGGUGCACUUUGCUGGUGAACACACAGCCUUCCCUCACGCUUGGAUUGAGACAUCUAUGAAAUCUGCAAUCAGGGCUGCUACCAACAUUAACAAAGUGGUGCUCAAAGACUCGGCUAAGUGUCCAGCACGAGAUGAACUCUAGAGUCUGAAGAACUGAGUCCAAGCAACUGAGUGUUAUAGUGUUAAUACCAAAUUGUGUAGUAUAUCUAUCUAAUCACACAGAAUGUAUAAUAUAUUGAAAUGCCACUUUCUUAAAAUAUUAAUUAGUACUUGUUUCAUAAUGACUUAAGUGUACACAAAGAAAAAUAAAAGUAUUUCAUGAAGAAGAUUUAAAGAAAAUCUCCAAAACAACUUUCUUCCAAUAUACUGUCCAUUCACAAUACAUGUUUUUCUCUCCGUCCAUCCAUUCCUUUUAUCUGUUUCAACCUCUCUUAGCUUAAUAUUUAAACCACGUAUUCCUUACUUUUAACUAGCUAUCUCAGCUCCUUUACUAGCACUCCCAAUGUAAACAUGUAGAUUUAAGGUGUUAUAACAGGCUGGAAGGAGUGUGUACAGUGCAUUGCUCCUUAAGAAGGUACAAGUACUGUACAAGACUAGCGUUGGGUUGGAUAUGAUGACAUAUAC